AUGUGGGAUUCCAGGCCAAGCCGACAGAGAGGCCCGCGCCUGCUGUUGUCGCUUCUCUUGUUGGCAGCCUGGGAGGCGGGGAGCGGCCAGGUCCACUACUCGGUGCCCGAGGAGGCCAAACACGGCACGUUCGUGGGCCGCAUCGCGCAGGACCUGGGGCUGGAGCUGGCGGAGCUGGUGCCGCGCCUGUUCCGGGUGGCGUCCAAAGGCCGCGGGGACCUUCUGGAGGUGAAUCUGCAGAACGGCAUUCUGUUUGUGAAUUCUCGCAUCGAUCGCGAGGAGCUGUGUGGGCGGAGCGCGGGGUGCAGUAUCCACCUGGAGGUGAUCGUGGACAAGCCGCUGCAGGUCUUCCACGUGGAGGUGGAGGUGAAGGACAUUAACGACAACGCGCCAGUGUUCUCAGUAACAGAACAAAAGCUCUCAAUACACGAGUCUCAACUGCUAGACUCUCGGUUUCCUCUAGAAGGCGCGUCUGAUGCUGAUGCCGGCGAGAACGCGAUGCUUACUUACAAACUCAGUCCGAAUGAGUUUUUCGUCCUUGAUAUUAUAAACAAAAAGGGCAAAGGAAAAUACCCAGCUCUCGUUCUGAGGAAACUGCUGGAUCGCGAAGAAAUCCCUCAGUUGAAGCUGUUACUAACUGCAACAGAUGGAGGCAAACCUGAACUUACUGGGUCAGUUUCUCUGCUAAUUGUGGUGUUGGAUGCCAAUGAUAACGCUCCUACAUUCGACCGCCAAGUUUAUGAAGUUAAGAUGUAUGAAAAUCCAGCGAAUCAGACGUUAGUGAUAAGGCUAAAUGCUUCUGAUGCAGAUGAAGGAAUAAACAAGGAAAUGAUAUAUUCAUUUAGCUCUUUGGUCCCACCCAAUAUAAGAAGGAAAUUUCUAAUGAAUGAAACAACUGGAGAAAUAAGAGUACAGGAUGGUAUUGACUUUGAAGACAGCAAUUGUUAUGAAAUUCAUAUAGAUGUAACAGAUAAAGGAACACCACCUAUGGUUGGUCAUUGCACUGUCCUAGUGGAGAUUCUAGACAAAAAUGAUAACUCACCUAAAGUGAUUGUUACUUCGUUGUCUCUUCCAGUCAGAGAAGAUGCUCAGGAGGGCACAAUCAUCGCUCUAAUCAGUGUAUCAGAUAAUGACUCAGGUGCCAAUGGGCAGGUAACCUGCACCUUGACACCCCAGACCCCCUUCAAGCUGUUGUCCACCUUCAAGAAUUACUACUCGCUGGUGCUGGACGGAGCCCUGGACCGCGAGAGCGUGCCGGCCUAUGAUCUGGUGGUGAUGGCGCGGGACAGGGGCUCCCCUGCCCUGUCGGCCUCAGCCAGCGUAUCCGUGGAGGUGGCCGACGUGAACGACAACCCGAGGCUGGUGUGUUCGAGCGCGGUGGGGAGCUGGUCAUGCUCCCAGCAGAGGAGGCAGAGGGUGUGCUCUGGGGAGGGGCCGCCCAAGACCGACCUCAUGGCCUUCAGCCCCAGCCUACCUCCGUGUCCAAUGCCUAAUGCUGAAGUAGGAGAACAGGAUAUUGCAGGAGACCAGACUGGGAAGAAGAGAGGCAUGACGUUAGCUUCCGGAAGACCUGGUGCUCAGGAAACCCAGCGCCUGCUGCUGUCGCUUCUCUUGUUGGCAGCCUGGGAGGCGGGGAGCGGCCAGGUCCACUACUCGGUGCCCGAGGAGGCCAAACACGGCACGUUCGUGGGCCGCAUCGCGCAGGACCUGGGGCUGGAGCUGGCGGAGCUGGUGCCGCGCCUGUUCCGAGUGGCGUCCAAAGGCCGCGGGGACCUUCUGGAGGUGAAUCUGCAGAACGGCAUUCUGUUUGUGAAUUCUCGCAUCGACCGCGAGGAGCUGUGCGGGCGGAGCGCGGGGUGCAGCAUCCACCUGGAGGUGAUCGUGGACAAGCCGCUGCAGGUCUUCCACGUGGAGGUGGAGGUGAAGGACAUUAACGACAACGCGCCAGUGUUCCCAGCCACACAAAGGAAUCUGCUGAUUUCCGAAACUAGGGCCCUUGACUCCCAUUUUCCGCUAGAGGGCGCCUCUGAUGCGGACGUUGGAGAGAAUGCUCUGCUGACUUACAGACUGAGCCCCAGUGAAUAUUUCUCGCUGGAUGUACCAGCCAAUGACGAGCAGGUAAAACCGCUGAGGCUAGUACUAAAAAAAUCUUUAGACAGGGAAGUCGCUUCAAAGCUUUCUUUGGUGCUAAAAGCAACUGACAGGGGUAAACCUGAGCUGACAGGAACCACAGAGCUACAUAUUACAGUGUUGGAUGUAAAUGACAAUGCCCCAGUUUUUGACAAAACAAUCUAUCAUGUGAAAUUACUGGAAAACGCAAGAAAUGGCACACUGGUUAUUCGACUAAACGCCUCAGACUUGGACGAAGGCUCAAACAGUAACAUUAUUUAUUCCUUCGCAAAUGAUAUUUCCCCUAAGACAAAAGCCUCUUUUUGCAUUGAUUCAACAAGCGGAGAAAUAAAAGUAAGAGGAAAAAUAGAUUUUGAAGAAGCUAAAUUAUGCAAGAUUCAAAUAGAAGCAGUUGACAAAGGAAAUCCCCCAAUGUUUGGUCAUUGCACAGUCUUGGUAGAAGUUUUGGAUGUCAAUGAUAAUGCUCCUGAGGUGGUGGUGACAUCUCUAUCACUCCCUGUUAGAGAGGACGCUCCGCUGGGCACUGUCAUUGCUCUAAUAACAGUGUCUGACCGCGACUCUGGCGUCAAUGGGCAGGUAACUUGUUUCCUAACAUCCAACACCCCCUUCAAGCUUGUGUCCACCUUCAAGAAUUACUACUCGCUGGUGCUGGACGGAGCCCUAGACCGCGAGAGCGUGCCGGCCUAUGAUCUGGUGGUGACGGCGCGGGACGGGGGCGCCCCUGCCCUGUCGGCCUCAGCCAGUGUGUCCGUGGAGGUGGCCGAUGUGAACGACAACGCGCCCACGUUCGCGCAGCCCGAGUACACGGUGUUCGUGAAGGAGAACAACCCGCCGGGCUGCCACAUCUUCACGGUGUCAGCCCAGGACGCGGACGCGCAGGAGAACGCGCUGGUGUCCUACUCGCUGGUGGAGCGGCGGGUGGUGUUCAUUUAUAAGUUGUUCAGAACAGCCUGCGAGGCACUCAUUACGGAAAAGGACUCCAUCGUGCCGGAUGCUAUACUGUUAAAGAAUCUUUUAAGAUAUAAAAUCCAGUGGGAUUUUUGA